CGCAAAUCACGAUACAUUCAAAUUAUAAAUAAAUGCCAAGUGAUUUGAAUUAGAGCGGUCGAAUACUUGAAACCGUUAUGCAAUAAGAAGAAAUAUUGGACAUUGGACUAUUGCUUGAAACUUGAGGGAGAUAAGACGCGCCUUUCUACCUAAGUAGGAUGAAUAGAAACAUAUAUUAUUCCGAAAAGUACUACGACGAUAUUUAUGAGUACAGGCAUGUCCACUUACCGAAAGAUUUAGCUAAACAAAUACCUAAAAACCACCUUAUGUCUGAAAUGGAAUGGCGAAAGUUGGGGAUUCAGCAGUCAGCUGGUUGGGUGCAUUAUAUGAUCCAUGAACCAGAACCACACAUCAUUCUGUUUCGACGGCCGCGCACUGAUAUACAACAACCUACGUCAACUGUUGCCAACAAGACUGAAUCUGGCCAAGUUCCUUUGCAAGCGUAGCUGUUAACCUUAGCAAACAAACUGCGCGUUAAGUUCUUUUAAAAUAGGAUUAAUUUAAUAAUAUGUUACAAAAACAUUUCUGCAAAAUGCUUAUGUAUAUACGCUACUUUUAUAGAUGUUUAUAUUAUUCGGUACGUAAGUACCUACAUUCACUUUGAUGCAUGAAUGUUUGUUUUCAUUUGUCACGUCGGGAUUAUUAAUCCAACAGUAGAUAGGCCAUCUUCUAACUCAGUAUAAUACAUUAAAUAUUUGGGUACAGUGUUGGUAGUCUGUUUGUUCCUGUUAUGCAUUUAUGAACGUUUCUCUCUGGAACUGUGUCAUGAAACACGCUUUUUGUAACAUAUUUCGAGUAUUUCAAAUGAGUUAUGUUAUUGUGUUAGGUUUGAGCUUCUAAAGAUGAGUAUGGGAACAAGUUUACACGCACUUACUUAACAAGAAAGAUCACUUCUAAAUUAUCAGUAUGAACUACAGUAGUUACUACAUCCACGUAGUUAUUGGUCUUCAUCAAAAUACUUUACCGAUUUUGUUUCUAGUUUGGCAUAAUAAACCACGCGAUAUCGAGUGUCGCUCCCGAGGUCAUCGACAACCAUGCUUUCUAUUUUACUGAUUAUUUACUAGGACCGAGUUCUUAAAAUUUGGCAGCGUCGUUAAGAUGCCUAAUAUAUCUUUACUUUAGUUCCUCCACAAUAUUCUCACCUUUCUGUCAUUUUCCUACUUUUGGC